AUGAGUCAAAGAUCUCUGAUCGAACUUCUGAAAGACCUCACGGAAAAAGAUGAUAUGCGGAUAUGUAGUUCUUUACUGGAACGAUGUCUCAAUACAUCUAUAUCGGAUCUGGAAAAGUUCACUGAUAAACUGUCGCAGCUUCUGCGCGAUUUUCCUGAUGUUUACAUACCAACCCUGCAAAUCUUCAUUUCUUACCUUUGUGAUGAAUCUUCGCGUAAAAAAACUUUACUCCCUAACCGGCGGGAAAGAUGGAUCACCGCGAUUUCAGAUUUCAUCUCAUCUUUAAUCACCACUGUCAUCAUGCAAAACUUUGACCACUCCGACUUUCCUGGCUUUGGAGAGCUUAUACACGAUUGCAUCGAGCUUCUAUGGAAAGUUCAAAAUAUAUCUUUGAUUAGUAAUAAAGGAAACAAUUUAGCCAUCCAGAUGACAAAAAGCUUCUUCAACGCAAUCCUUAACGCGGGUGUCCUGGGAAUUUUGGUAACAGACCCUUCCGGUCGUCGCUGUCUCAAACGCAUUCUGUUUGACUUCAACAUGAUUAACCAUAUUGAACGGGAAGAACUACUUAGAGCGAUAGAUAUGGUCGCGGCUCUUGUGGAGAAAUGUUCUGAGCACGAGGAAGUUUCGAUUAGUCUAUCAGAAUGGUUUUCGGUAUAUAAGGCAUGUACAUCAUUGUUGAACUCCCUUAGGAGAUUCAAGAAUUUGGAAAAGAACCAGUUAGUCAACAAGAAAGAAAUGUCGCUACCCGCGCUGGACGAUAUGGUUAAGCUUGAUAAUAAGGAAUCCAGGACGAUCAGGAAACCGUUUGCGAAUUCCCUUAUGGUGAAUAGCAACUCAUUACCUGUGUCCACACAGGAUGAACGAAAUCUCGCGUUUUUAGGGAUGAGGGCACCUCAAAAGCUAUCAGUUUUACCCAACUUUUUGCAUGCAAUUGAACAACGAAAAAUAGAUUCAUUCCGAAAUUUGAUGGGAUUCUUGUCAUGCGCAGGUUGCCGCAAACAAGCCCUCGUUUAUUUUUCUCCUGAAAAAUACUUUUGGCUCACGGAUAUUGAAAAUGAAAGAAUAACAAGGAUACCAGAUCGUCUUUUCCGUCUUCCAUUCGAAUUUGAUGACGAUGACAGGCUUGGACCAUGGGACAUUCUUCUCAGCGGAGACACGAUCAAACAUAUGCGGAACUUGGAAUCACAUCUUGUGAUUAAAGCAGUCAUGAAAAAACUUGGACAGAUAUCAUCUGGAGAAUGGGAUAAGAACAAACUGCGAUGUGCGGUAGCAACUCACGACAUCCCUGUCUAUGAAAUAGAAAUUCCUGGAAAUAGUGACCUGAAGAUCCUCUGGCAGGUCGAUUAUGGUUUCUCCAUUCGUAGCUAUUUGCUCACGCAAUUUGUUAGAGUUUGGGCCGUCACCGCUGAUCGGGAGCAGAUUCGCAAAAUAUUAGAAAAUCUUUUGAUCGUUCAUCGGGUUUAUACAUUAGAACACAAAUUCCGGUGUGAAGUCGAACAGAUGGGUGGCGUAAUUUUACCAAAAACCUUUGGAGAUGAAGAAGAAACAAGGUCCAUUGAAGAAAAUUUGGAUGUCUCAGAGAAAAAUGAUGAGAGGUUAUUAGAUAUCCAUAAGAUGCUUGUUACAAAUAAGUUUGUACCUUUAUCAGCGAAUUUGUACAAGUCGCUCGUUUUGGGUGGUUUCGAUUUUACCUUCCAGGUAUCCAAGAUAGAAUACGAGAUUAUCAAUAAUCCUACUUCAGCGAUUGUCAUUGGUCGAUCGGGGACCGGUAAGACCACGUGUAUUUUGUUUAGACAGAUUGCUUCACAUUUAAAUAGUCAAUUAUCCAAGACUCCGUCCUCGUGUGGUAGUGACAGGUUUUCUCACAAAAGGCAGAUAUUCAUUACAGUAAGCUACAAGCUGUGCCGUCGGGUGAAGGAAUACUUUAUCAAGUUGCGAGAGUCUGCGAUGCUUGCUGGUAAAAAAAUGUCUAUGAAGCAGUUUAAUGAGUAUAUGAAGAAAAAAGGGAAGGAAGAGGAAAUCCCCGUAAACAAUAACACAAUGCUCGAAGAGGGUGAUGAGGAAAAGGAGCUGAGUGACAUUCCAAACUCAUUCCGUCAGCUGACAGAUCACCAUUUUCCACUGUUCAUUACCUAUGAAAAGUUUUCAAAAAUGCUACAGGGAACCUACUGUAUUGAUAUACUGAAACUGAUCAAACAACAAAAUCUAGAUAAUGAUAAUGCUGCUGAUUUAUACGAAGGCGAAGAGAAAUUCCGUCGAAUAUCUUCUAUCACAAAUACAACCAACAAUUCAUCUGAACAUUUUGUAGACUAUAAUAAAUUUAAAAAAGAUUAUUGGCCUCAUUUGAAUAAACAAAACCUGGAUUGCGGGUUGAUCUACUCUGAAUUUUCUAUUAUUAAGGGUUCAAAUCCCGAUGUGGAUUAUCUCUCAAGAGAAGAUUAUAGAGCCAUCAGUACCAAGAAAUACCCAAUGUUUCGUCACAAUCGUGACCAGGUUUAUGAUUUAUUUCAACAAUACGAAAAGAAGAUGAAGCGAAAUGACCAUUAUGAUUCAAUGGAUAGGACGUUAGCCAUUUUACGUUGCGCAAAGAUGAAAGCACUUGGUGGACCGCAAAUUCAUGAAGUAUACAUUGAUGAAUGUCAGGAUAACCAAAUCGUGGAUCUUGCACUUAUCUUAAAGAUCUUUGAGCGUGUUGAUGCGAUAUUUUUAGCCGGAGAUAUAGCGCAAUGCAUUGCCCCGGGGUCUUCUUUCCGAUUCCAAGAUUUACGCGCCUUGAUGUAUAAGUGGGAACUCAAUCGGAUACAAGUCAAUCACAAACAGCACAGCAAUUUAAAACCGAAACAAUUUGAGUUAAAGAUUAAUUAUCGUUCUCAUAAUGGAAUCCUUCGGCUUGCUGCUUCUGUGAUUCAACUUAUCUGGGACUUUUUUCCCGAUUCCAUUGACUACCCAUCAAAGGAACAUGCCGAGAUUGGUGGUCCACUGCCCGUCUUUUUUGACGGAUUUCAAGAACGACAUUUUGAAGACUAUUUUGCAUCACAAAAUAUUUCUAAUAAUAUCGAAUUUGGCGCCGAUCAGGUUAUUAUUGUACGUAACAACGAAGCUAAAUCGAGAAUAAGAAAGCUAAUUGGUGACGCUGGACUUGUAAUGACAAUAUUCGAAGCUAAGGGCAUGGAAUUUGAUGACGUUUUGUUGUAUAAUUUCUUUUCUUGUUCACCUGCACAAUUAAAGUGGCGAGUAAUUCUCUCCAAAUUGAAAGAUAAUUCUGAAGGGAUCCAGGUCUUUUCUCACGAAAUCCAUUACAUCCUUUCUUCAGAGCUCAAACAUCUUUAUGUCGCGGUGACCAGAGCUCGUCAGCAUAUUUGGAUAUGUGACGAUAAUGCUGAUUAUAGUAGGCCUAUUAAAAAAUACUGGAAAAGUCUUGGGCUGAUUAAAAUUAUCCAAAGUGUGAACGAAAUUAGAACUUUCUCCACCUUUGCUAAAAAGAGCACUUUACGCGAAUGGGAUCAACGUGGGAAAACUUUUUUUGAACAGCGGUUCUAUGAGCAGGCUAUUUUCUGCUUCGAAAAAAGUAAAAACGAAGAGAGUCGCGAUCUAGCUGUUGCAUAUAAUCUUCAACAGAUUGCUAAGAAUGCUUCCGAUAACAACACUGCAAAGUCCAAUUUCAUACAUGCGGCUGAGGCAUUCAUAAAGUGUAACCGUCCCAUCCAGGCUGCUUCAUGUUAUGAGCAUAUCGGCAUGUAUAUAAAAAGUGGUGAAGUUUAUGCCAAUUGCAAUAUGUUUGAGCAUGCGGGAAAUUGUUACAUUAAAGCCAAGAUGAUGAAUUUGGCUGGAGAGUAUUUUGAAAAAGCCGAGCAAUAUAUUGAUGCUUUUUUUACCUAUAAAGAUGGUGGUCUUUAUGGAAAAGCAAUUACUUUAAUCCAGAGACACAGAAAAGAAAUUGACGAGAAUAUAAUUCGCGCUGAAGCUGAAAAUCUACGUUCACGUGGUAAAUAUAAAAAAGCCGCCGAUUUGUUCAUUUGUUUGAAUAAUGAUGAGGAUAUCAUUGAGGCAUUACAAUGUCUCUUACACUUAUGCAGAGUUAAUGUACUGAAAAGCACAAUAACGGAUAUUACAAUUCCAAGUACUUCACAGGAGCUAGAAGGUCUUCUUUCUAAGAUAGCUGAAUUCAGAUCGCAAUUAGUGAAGAAAUCUGAGCUACUGGAAGAGUUUCAGUUAUAUUCAGCUUAUUUCAACAAGGAUCUUGAUGAAGUUUGCGAGUAUUUGCAAAUUUUCAAAACAAACGAAAAUAUAGUUUUCGAGUUUCGUGCGUUAAAUAUAUGGCUGCAGAUUCUUCCUCAAUCUGGUAUUCAGGCCGAGUAUUGGCAAAAUCGGUUGCAAUGUCUGUAUAGGCUAUGCGAUCUGAUCUUUCCUGUUAUAGUCCAACGACGUUAUAAUGACAAUAUUGACGAAAUCUACAAGGAUUUCGAGAAUAUUUUUAUUGUAAGCAAUGUGAAGAAUCGCUUGCAAAAACGCAAAAUUUUUCCUGACAAUUCACUUGUUCGUCUCAUAGAAAAUAUGUGUGAAAAAAACGACAAAAACAUGACCAAAAAAAAUAUGAUAAAGAUAAUGGAUAAUCAGCACGUUUAUGAUGUACAUGUUGUGCAUCAAGCCAUCUCGCAAUUUCUUGCUUCACAUAUCUAUGAACUUAUCUUGGAUGCAGGAAAAAAGGGUAAAGAUAUUCCAGAAAUAGGUUCUUAUAUCUGUAAAUAUACGAACUGUCGAUAUAUACCAAAUUGCCGAGAUCAUCAUGUAACCUCGACACCAUUAAUUCUACAUCAACGCCUGAACCUUGCAUGCCUUCAGUGCACUGUAGUGCAACGUUUGCAAGUUUUAUGUCGCAAAAAACUUUUUAGUAUUGAGCAAACGAAAGAAAUUUUUGGUAUACAAAGGUGGUGGGUUGAAAAAUUAAUUAAAGUUCAUGUACGUUAUCAAUCCCCGCAAACAAGUUGCCCAGAAGUUACUCAUAUAGUAAUCGCCGGAAUACCUGAUCAGACACGUUAUGGGUUUACUGAUCUUGCCCAUAAUAAAUGGUUACGAGACGAAUUUAACAAUGGUAGCGACUUUGAGGUUAUGUUAAAAUACGUGUUCUUAUUUCAGCUGUUGCGAGACGGUUGGGGCUUUAGGAUGUUUGAUUGGAAGAUGUCACAAGUAAAAGAGAUUUCACAACCUGACGAUUUACCCGCCGGUUUUGAAUACAAAGGAUAUCAUCUAGCGAUUCCAGUUGGGAAACGACUUUCGUCAUUCUUUUUUUUUCUCUACUCUAAUAAAGUGAUCGAAGCGAUCUCAAAUCUGAAUCCUUUUAUUCAAUACGCUAUAAUCAACUCUCAAAAGAUUAACUUGACUAGUAUUUAUGCUUUUGGAGACCUUACGACCCUUAUCGAGUUGUCAACGUCAUUAGUUUUCGCAGUCGGCCCUAAGGAUUGCAAAUUUUGCCUUCCUAGAGCUUAUCUUGUUAAUUAUUUUGACAAGUUCACUAUGGAGCCGCUACUUCCGCAAAAACGACGCGCUUAUAAAAUCGAUGAAUAUCUAGCUGCGAUCAAAAAUGUUCUCAAUCAAAUUCAACUACUUCUCGAUCUUCUUCUUUGUAAGGAACCGAUUAAUCCGUCGAUCAUCCUUCGACUGAUACGUCUCUUAGUCCUUAUCGGCUUGAAUGAAUCCACUUUUGAGCAAGAUGUCUUUAAAAUUUUCGAGCGUCUGCACAAAAAAAACGAAAUCUUUCCCGUGAAAAUCAAGAAUUACUUAUAUGAGAAAAAAUUUGUACGCCUCGUUGACGUUCUACAUAAAGACCUCAUGGAGACGGGAUGUGACUCCCUUGUCAUAAUUCACUACAACAACUUUGGCUCAUCAAAAUUUUCUAACUUGGAAAAACAUGGUAUUGUGAAGAUUACAUAUCAAUCUAUUGAAGAAUUCCUUAAUGCCCUUCGCCAGAUUAUGUCAUCAGUAGCCAGGGAUACGGUCUCGGAAAAUCGGCUUUUAAAUAAUAUAGAUUGGUCUCGCCAGAUUAGAAAAUUCUGGAACCUUCAGAUCCACGAUUCUCCCCGUGACCAAGAAGCAGCAAAAAAAAUUCAAACCUGGUUUCGCGAGACUCAAGAGCGACGUCAAAGGACUGUUCACGACCCAAUCUUUGAAAAAAUUUACAAUGAAGUAAGAAAUUUCUGCCAGGAAUUUGCGCUGAAACGGAAGGGUGAAAUAGUGGUACGAAAGUAUAAUAUGCUCUUGAGAGGUUCGACGGUUGACAAAAUCGUGGAAUUGACCAAGUUGCUGAGCAGCAUGGAUAAAAACAAGAAUUAUUUGGGAAAAUUGAAAAAAAGAGACUAUGAUCUUGAAAUAUGUGUUGAGCUAGAGGAAGAAUUAACGUAUGUCCAAGAAGAAGUUGAACAGCUACUGGAUUCAUUAUCUAUUAUAGAAAACAUUGAAAAACAUGAAGAAGCAGAUAUUGAAUGGUUGGAAAACGAAUUACAGCAGGCAAAGAGUGUCAUCGAUAAGGUUUUGGAAUGGAUAGAGAAAUGCGAAUCACUAGAUUAG